AUGGGUUUGUGGACUUUACUUGAGGGGUUCUUGCUUCUUGCAAAUGCACUGGCAAUAUUAAAUGAGGAUCGUUUUCUUGCACCAAGAGGAUGGGGUUUCUCAGAUUUCUCAGGAGGAAGGACUAAGUCGUUCAAAGGCCAGCUUAUAGGUCUCAUUUAUGCAACUCAGUACCUUAGAGUUCCUCUCAUACUUCUCAACUCCAUUUGCAUUAUUCUCAAAUUCGUGUCUGCAUGA